AUGGUGCAAGAACAGUCGUCUUUGGAGAGCCAGUUAGCUUCAUUGAAAACCCAAAUUAGCACUCUGACAUCAGAAGUAGACGAGCAUCGGGCCAAGGUUGAUGCCUUACAGAAGAUUCAUGACGAGUCUCUUGCAGAGCUUAAGUUGAUACAUGCAAAGAUGAAGGAAUGUGAUGUUUUGCAAAGCUACAAGCCAUGCUUGUUUCUUCCUUACUACCAGUCUGAUUUAUGUUGCUCUUGCACAUUUUUAUUGGUAGUAAGGAUGGAGACGGAUCACAAGGAUUGUUCCGUGAAGGUAGACAAACUUGUUGAGAAGCAUACAUGGAUCGCAUCUGAAAAGCAACUUUUCGAAAAAGGAGGGACAGAUUAUGAUUUUGAAUCUUGUGAUCCUUAUGUAGCCAGAGAUAAACUUGAAAAGCUCCAGUUAGAUCAAUCAGGCUUGGAAAAAAGGGUGAACAAGAAGGUUAUGGCAAUGUUUGAAAAAGCAGAAGAUGAAUACAAUGCUCUAAUCUCCAAGAAAAAUACAAUUGAGGUUAGAAUCGGAGGACCACUACGAUUUCAAUCGUUUUUCUCUGUUCUUCCUGUGACAAUGGCGUCUUCUUCUCCACCACGCUCUGAUGAGGAUUAUCACAUCAAUUUCUUGACGAACGCACUCGCCGGAGUCAUGGCGGCACCAGUUUGCUUGGUAAUUUUCCACAAGCUGCCGGAAACGUGGAUCCCGAUCACCUUAUUCGCCGGCACUGUCUUUGGUGCUGACGAUGAUGAUGGUGGAGUUCUAUUUGGGAUUUUGAUAUUGAAAAAGGGUUUUUAG